AUGUCUGCCAUUGGAACACUCGUCUUCUGUCACGAUUGCGGCAACUUACUUCCCGCCUCAAUGGGAACGGAGAAGAAUACCCUUACGUGCGACUGCUGCGGCGCCGACAACAAGGACACUGGCUCUAAGACGAUUGUCACCCAGACGAAGCCUUCUGACUUCCCGUCCCAACUGCGCCAGAAGCUGCAGUCCAAUGUUCAGGCCGUCGACAGGGCCAACGUCAGCACCGAGGCAACGAUUAAGGAGACAUGUCCCAAGUGUGAAAGAGAGGAGGUCCGCUUCACUGCCGUGCAACUCCGCAGUGCCGACGAAGGCAGCACUAUUUUCUUCACCUGCGACUGUGGCUUCAAGUGGUCUCAAAAUAACUGA